AUGGCACUUUUAUCUCCUAAAAACAGGCUUUUGUUUGUCAUUGGUGUAUUACUAUAUGUUAUCACCCAUAUAACUGUCAAGUGUCCCCUUACACAGACUUAUCAAUUGGACGCUUCACAAUCCAGUGAUGCCCUCUGUCUUUACACCCACAAGUACUACAGGUUUGUGGAGCCAUACUGCAGCCCAGUCAUUGAAGUCGCGGACGCGAAGGUUUUCACUCCACUGAAUAACCUCUACGUCAAGUCACCAGUGAAGCCAAUUGUGCAAUCUGGCUACGACCAAAGUGCGAAAGUCUACACAAAAUUUGCAAAGCCACAUGUUGACAAGUACAGUGGCGUUGUUAAAACGAAAGUAAGCGAAUUUUCUGAUAAGGUGACGGCCAAGACGCAGGAGGUGACAGGACUUGCCUUGGUUUAUGUCAGAGUGAAAGUUGCGGAAAUGAGAGAGUACGCUAGGGCUAAAUCAAUUGAGCUGACCACAAAGGCUAAGGUGGUAAUCCUGACAAAGGUUGUCCCCCGGACUCUAUCCAUUUUCCAUCAGGUGAAAACAAACCUUUAUAUCCAAGGAACCAAAUUAAGGCUCGCAUUGUAUCUCAGAUAUAACCUAUAUGUGAAACCACAAUUGGUGAAACUUUACUAUAAACUACGAUUGAACAAGCUGGAGCCGCAUGUGGAGGCAUUUAGAAACUCCUGGUUUUAUCUGAAUACCAAAAGAUUGGUUGUUUUAUUGGUGGACGCAGUGGGAUACUUUUACAGCAAGACUUAUGAGUAUCUUGAUGCUUUCCAACGGGAAUCGAAGAUCAGAAAGACCACGGAGGAGUAUUGGCGGACGGAGCACAAAAAGCAGUUUUUAAAGGAUGAAUUCAACAAGCUACUUAAUGCCAAGUUCAAGAUCCCAACCUACGAGGACGUGGAGUUUUUUAAGAAAUUGUCGAAACAGGCUGCGGAGACCGACAAGACAGACGACGUCUCCGAAACUCUCACCGAGGCCGAGCCCACACUCACCAAGUACAACAAGAUGUUAAAGGGGGUAACACAGGAUGCGUUAAAUGAUUUCGAGUCACAGGUGGCCCAGGUCGACGAGAAUGCCUACAACAAGAUCUACAACCAAUUGAGACCUAAAUUGCAGGAGUUGGGCGAGCUCGUCAACCGUAACUACGAUGAGGCACACGUGAUGAUUCACGAUAUCAACCACGACACAGACAAGUACGUUACUCGCCAGGACAUGCGCGAUCUUCUCAAGCGUCUGUCGGAGUCUCUGACACAAAAGGGCGUGGAGAUCACCGAGGAUUUCAAGAAAUACGAGCAAGAGUUCUCCGAUGAGGUGCUGCGUGUGAGAACGUCCAUCUUGGAAACCCUUGAAGAGUUCAGCGAGUCUACGCUCAACGCCUACUCUACAGAGAUUGUGAAGAACGGAGACGACUGGAAAGAGUGGAAGAACUACAAAGAACUGAAGCAGGAACUAAUUCAGACCAGAGACCUGCUCCUGAGCUCCACUCCAAAGCUGGAACGCGUGACCAAACUGCUGAACGAGCUGAACAGAACGCUGGGCACCUUGGUGAACGACGGCGAGUCGUACUUGGCCAUUUUGCGUGCCAAGGCCAACGUCGAGUUCCAGGCCCGCGAGAAGGCCGAGAGAGAAGCUGAGCAAGAGACCACGAGCACAAUCAUGUUGUACGACACCGUUGUUCUUGAUGAGAAGAACCAGCCGGUGAGCACUAUCCACGCAAAACCUCCAGUCUCGAGCGAGGAGGCCAAGACGUUGAUAAUAUGA